CUCUCGCAGUGAACCACAUGAAGGUCACGCCCAUGGAUAUAUCCACAGCCUCCCUGCUCAACGUCUUCAAUGGAAACGAGUGCGGAGCGCAGGGGUCCUGGCAAGUCGGGGUACAGCAAGACGUCACCCACACGAACGGCUGCAUCGCGCUCGGCAUCCGCUUACCUCACACCGAGUACGAAAUCUUCAAAAUGGAGCAGGAUGCCCGGGGCAGGUACUUGCUGUACAACGGCCAGAGACCGAGCGAUGGGUCCAGCCCCGACCGACCGGAGAAGAGAGCCACUUCCUACCAGAUGCCUUUAAUUCAGUGCGCUUCAUCAGUGCCCAGAGCUGAAGAGUCACCAGAGGAGAAUAAAAUAAGGCUGUAUAGCAGCAGGGCACCAGAAAAAUAUCCCAGCACCACAGCUCUCGCUUUGGUGGUGUUUAUUUGUACUGUGUCAUAUUGGGACAUUCUCAGCUCAAAGUGAAAAAAAACUUAUUUUUCAUGACUACAAAGCCAGGAUUCCACCAGACUGGGGGUUGUUUUUCUUCCAAAAGAAAGGGACAUUUAUUUUCUUGAUGCACUUGAAUGCCUGAGAACUGUUGUUCUUUUCCUUAAUUCCCCCCUCCUCCUCAAAUCCCGAACGGCACUCGUUUGAUGUUUGUGCUUUGAACUUCAUCCAGUCUGAUCCCUGGCCUGACAUGACUGCACAAAAGAAAUUGCACUUUAGGACUGCAGACUUCUGGGGGGAGGGAGGGGGUCUCCUUUUAUUAUUAUUUUUAACUGCUGGGGUGAAUGUUAAGUCUUUGCCAUCUUACCGUUGUGGUACUCUUCUCCCCAACACUGGGUUUCUCAUCAGAAUUUAUCUCUGGGGAAGGGCUCACGCCAGUCCUGCGAUAGCGGCUUCCCCCUCCGACUUCACAGCUCUGAUGUAGAUAUGUAUAUAAAGAGGAAAUCCACAAAGAUUUAUCUUGCCAUCAUCUCACAGCUCCUAACACAAAAAGAAGCAGCAAAUCAACAGCCCUCCAUUCAGAGAGUACUAAACGGUUGAUACCUCUAAUUAAAAAGAUAUUCCAAGUAAUUUAA